UGUAUAUUCUAUUCAAGUGUCACCUUAGGUACAUGACUUGUAUAAAGUUGCGUUUCAUGCUUGUUCCCGUAUUUUGUUGAAAAAAAGGAAACGAUGUUGGCGAUACUCAUUUUUGGACUGUUCCUUGGUGGAAGUUUGGCACAGCAAUGUGGCAUCCCCCAAUACGCUGCUAGCCGAGUCAUUGGUGGUAAUAAUGCCCGGCCAGGAUCCUGGCCAUGGCAAGUUGCUAUCUACUACAACAACAGAUUCCAUUGUGGAGGAUCUUUGGUCAAUGCGAAAUGGCUCGUGACAGCUGCUCAUUGCGUAGAAAGGACAUCCAUGAGUGGAUUCACUAUUGUCUUGGGUGAGCACCAUCGCCAGCAACGUGAAGGAACUGAGCAGGAAUUCAAAGUGAUACGAGCAUUUACACACCCACAAUACAACAAACAACCUAUGGAUAGUGACAUUGCUCUGAUGAAAUUAAACAGACCAGUCCAGUUUAACAACAGAGUGCAACCAGUUUGCUUGCCAACAAGCUACAGCCAUCCCCGUCCUGGUAGCAUCUGCUACAUCACUGGUUGGGGAAAGACAUCACACCCUGGGUCUGCAUCCACCGUUCUCCAACAAUCACCUCUUCCAGUGGUCGACAAUAGGAAAUGUCAUGCACUUAACAAGCCAAGCACACGAAUUGGUAUAACUGGCAACAUGCUUUGUGCUGGAUUUGGGCCUAACGAUAUUCGUAGCGGUUGCCAUGGAGAUAGCGGUGGCCCAUUCGUAUGCAGAAGUGGCAGCCAAUGGGUCCUCCACGGAGCAGUAAGCUGGGGCUCGGGACGUUGUUCAACACGUGAUGCAUACACUGUUUUCGCUAGAGUCACAAAUUUCGUGCGCUGGAUAAACAUGUACAUCAAGUACUAGAUCAAUUAGUCUUGAAUGAAUCAAACAUAUAGCAUCAUAAUUCUUGGCAUCUUAGCAUAUAGAAAUUCAGGAAUGAAGCUAUUUAAAAAUA